AUGUAUCAGCUUCAUGAGGUCUACUUAUGGAUGUCAAACAAUUUGCUUACCUCACUUAUCUUCAUUUUGGAUUAUAUAAUGAUCCAGUGUAUAUGUAAUAUAUAUUGCAGUUGUAUAGUUUUAGUGCCUAUCGUCAAACGUACAUGGGGUGCAUCAUUGCCUUUCAUCGAAUUCUACAGUAAUGUAGCAAACAGAAGUAUUCCUACGAUCGACUCUGGCGUGCCCAACACAGAGAGAGGGCACUGUGGUAAGACAUUUGUGAUUUUAAGACGGUUUGUUCGCACUUUAAAUGAGAGCAAUGCGAGUGAGAAUUUUUCUUGGCUUUUCAUCGCUGAUGAUGAUACGUUGGUUAGCAUUCCUAGGCUGUUGCAGCUUUUGUCAUGUUACGAUAGCAAAGAUAAGAUGAUAAUAGGUGAGCGGUAUGGUUAUGGUUUUUCAACAUCGGGCCGCGACGGAUACGACUAUCCGACAGGUGGAUCAGGGAUGGCUUUCUCAUCAUCAGCAGCUAAAGCGAUCAUUUCCGAUUGUGAGUGCCCCUCGAACGAUUCGCCAGACGACAUGAUAAUUGGGGUUUGCGCUCGUAGAUCUGGGGUUCGCAUAAUUCACAACGCUGCUUUCCACCAAGCCCGGCAC